CUGCCUUUUGAGGCAAGUGUUGAGUUCGGUAGAGGCUUUGGGUUGUGAAGCUCUGAGGUGGUUUGAAAGCAGUUUUUCUGUAGGCUGGUGGGAUGCUAGGAGCUGGUUACUAAGAUAUUCCUGAGAAGCAGAAUUUGGGCUUCUUGCCCAACUACCACUUCCACAGAAGAAGAAAGGGAAAAAAAAACAUCUGCUACUUGCACUAUAGGAAAAGUUUUCUGUCUGGGUGGCUGCUGUACACCCCGGCCAUGGGGAAUGAAGUUAGCCCAAAGAGGCUGUGUGCAUCAAGUGAGAAAUGUAAAGCUCAAGAGGCUGUGGAGGGAAGGGGGGAGAUGCUUCCUACUGCACAAAGCUCACAAGAGAUUACAGAGUGGAUUGACCAGAGCUGCUCUCUCCCAGAAGAGGCUCUGCAAGACCCUGGCGGUGCUCUUGCACCAGUAACAUGGGAUACAUCUGCACAGACAAUGGGGAAGACUGCAGUGGAUCAGUCCCCUCAUCUGAGCCUCAGGCAAAGGCUGCAAGUUUGGAUCGGCAAGGUACCACAAGCCAGGGAUGUGGUCCAGACUUCAGGUGAGGUGUUACAGGAAACAGAAGCCAAGCCUCCUACAAAGGUAAUGCAGGACAGUAAGCCUGCUCCCAAAAACGUGAGAUGGCCUAGAGAAGCCCCAACUGCUGUAGACAGUACAGAAGAGAUGGCCAAGCCUUGGCUUGUUGCAUACCCUGAUUCUGAGACUCCAGCUACUCCACUAACUAAACAAGGGGUGCAUGCUAGUGUAUGGGCCACAGAUAAGGAUGAGAUGGAUAUGGCUGCUUCAGAGGCAACUGAGAUUUGGCAGUUGAAGUCUUCACAGGCACCUUCUACCCCCAGCAAAGAAGUAACUGAAGAUGUUGAGCAUAGUUCACAACCUGCAAACCCAGAAACUGAGGGCCUAGUGGAAAGCCAGACCAGGCUGAAAGGCUACCUUCGUGUGUGCAAGAGAUUGUACAACCUACUGCUGACACCAAGUCCGCUCUGCAGAUGGCUCAAGAAAGCAAAGUCCAGCCCAAAGCAGUGACUGCCCUUGUCCUAACCCCUGACUGUUCAACUCGCUCGUCUUUGAGAUGGCAAUAUGGAUCCUCCACUGAUCAUGCAAGAGACUCCAUGCUACUUUGGCUGAAGCCAGCCUGUUCCAUGUACAUGGUGGGAGGCUGGUGCCCAGGCAACUGAAGUUCGCAAAGUUAAAUUAGGGAAGCCCAAUCUACUGCAGAGAUGCACCUGACAGCACAAAAGGAAAUAAAGCUACUCCUGACUAGCAGCUGACUUAAGGGAUUUCCUUCCAGAUCACACAGCUCUGCCACUACCCAUAGAAGAAAUGGGGCUGAGACCAAGACUUUUUUGCCAAUCGCUGAAGAAACUGACUCGACACCAGAAGCUGCAGCCCAGCGUGCAAUAAGGCCUGUACAUCCAACCGGACAGGAUGCUGACUCCCAGUCUACUCUAUGGAUCCUAGAAAGCACAAGUGUACUUCAGACAGUGGCCUGGUUCUCUUGGGAGAAAUCACUGGAGUCUGACUCUGAACUAAACCUGUAAAACGUGCACCCCACUAUGAAGAACACAUGAGACUGAAGCCACGUGCACUGUCACCAUAGUUGGGUUCUUCCUCCAUUCUUACUGUAGUGACACAGGAUCACGAUGGCUUUGAGUUCCAGCUAUGGUCUCUGGCCCCUCUACCAGCAUGUAGAAGCAGAAGGGAAGACUGAAGUCUAUGCAGCCCUCAGCCCAUGGACCUGAGGGUAAAAUUGCUCCCAUGGAAGACCCCAGAUCUAGAAGUGGUAAACUUGUGCCUGCCUGAAUCCAGGGAAGCAGCAGAUCCUGCUUCUGUGGCUGUAAUUCUGCCAGCUCCAGAGAAGGGACUUGUUCCAGCUGGUGGCUCUGCUAUAACUAGAGCAAGGCCAGAGUGUGGUGUACAGGCUGAGUGCUACUGCUGGCCUGCAGCAUGUGGUGCUUUGCUAUCUAUUUCCUGGCCUUCAACUGCAGCCAUGCUCAAAGUUUUGGCUGCUCCAUGAGAUGAGGGUGCCAUGCAGGUAGCAUGACUUCUGGGCAGAGGUUUGGUUGGGGGUGGGGAGAAAGGGGCAUCUCUAUUCAACUGCAGCCACAGGCAUGCCCAAACUUUAGUGCAUUCUCCUGUACUGGUAUGGCCUGGGCACUACUUUAUCCUAAAAGUGCUCUCAUUCUCCCAACAGUAAUGAUCUGAGGGCUUUCCAAGACGAGGAAGUAUGCACCAAGUGUGUGAGCAGGAGCUGGUGUGUACAGCUUCACUACACAAACUAAUCU